AUGACAAAUAUACAACCCAAAAUUGAUUUAUUAGAAUUGGCGUGGGAGCGAUCAUUUGAAGAUAAAGAGAUCAAUGAAUUGGUAAAGAAAUUACAACUCAAUCUUUGCUUUCUUUUUAUUGAUAGAGCGAGUUAUUGCGAUAUAUUCUACAAUUUAGUACCUGAAUUAGAAAAGAAAAUAGAUGAAUUAAAAAAUGAGAAUAUCAAAAUCAAACCCGAAAAUAUGAAGUUAAAGUAUGACAAAGAAGAAGUUGAAACUGAGAAUAUAAAGUUAAAACAGGAUUUAGAUGAAUUUAAAAAAGAACUAGAGUUUAAGAAAAAUCGUAAAUUUCAGAAAAAAUGUAUUCUAAUAGCUCAAGUAUUACUUGGAGAAAAGCCGAUAAUCAAAUAUCAUCCUCUCUACUUGAAUGGAUUGGAACUUAAUGCCUUCUUCCAAAAAUACUGA